AUGGCAAAUCUUGUAUUAAUUUCUUUGCUUAUGUGCCCCACUAAAUCAAAAUUUCUGCGUCCGCCACUGUCCUCUACACCGGCCCAACUUACACUGAAUGAUUUUAGUGCGGGCGGGGAUGGUGGAGGCCCGUCAGAAUGCGACGGUAAUUACCAUAAUAACACCGAAAACAUAGUCGCACUCUCCACCGGAUGGUAUUCCGGUGGAUCGAGGUGCGGGAAGAAUAUACGUAUCACCGCUAACAAUGGACGAAGCACAACGGCGAAGGUGGUGGAUGAGUGUGACUCCAUGAAUGGUUGUGAUAAAGAACAUGCAUAUCAACCACCGUGUAAAAAUAACAUAGUUGAUGGAUCUGACGCAGUGUGGAAAGCUUUAGGGUUGAACGAAGACUUGGGUAUUGUUGAUGUUACAUGGUCCACGGCCUGAAUGUUGGGUCUGCUUACUAAUCUGGUCUAUGUACAAUUUCUUUUGACUUUUGCCAUAUGUACCUCUGCAGAAUAGUCGAAUGAGCAGAUCCCAUAUGAGUAAAAUAUUAUCA